AAAAUUUUCUCUCUCUUGUGGGAUCUUGAAAUCUCACACGGAAGGAAGAAAGAGAGGCAGUCCAAGAUCCGUCGAGAGCGGUCGCUCUCGCCAGGAAGAAGAAGGCGAUUUUCCAAGCACUUCCAAUGGAGGGCAUUUCCGUCUUUCUCACGGCAUUUCAGUUGUAUCGUGCGAAUCAUCUGGACUGUUGAUCUCGGGAAUGAUUCGACCCAAGAUGGGACAGAUCUCUUUUUCUAGGGUUCUGAUCUGAAGUGCGGAAUCGUCUCAUGUAAUUCGAAUGGCAUCAUCUACAAACUCACCAUGCGCGGCGUGUAAAUUCCUACGCCGGAAAUGCACACAUGAGUGUGUAUUCGCGCCAUACUUCCCACCAGAUCAACCUCAGAAAUUUGCUAAUGUCCACAAGGUGUUUGGUGCAAGUAAUGUCGCAAAACUGCUUAAUGAACUCGCCGCAAACCAGCGCGAAGAUGCCGUAAAUUCGCUCGCCUAUGAGGCGGAGGCCCGUCUUCGUGAUCCUGUCUAUGGUUGUGUUGGCCUCAUCUCUCUCCUUCAAAAUAAGCUUAGACAGGUUCAACUCGAUCUAUACAAUGCAAAGAAGGAAUUAUCAGUGUAUGUCGGCCCAGCGGCCAUGAUGUCCAUCCCUCAUCCUGCAAUGAUGCCUUCUCACCCACACCAGGGCGGUGCUUCGUCGUCGAUGGUACCUUAUGGCAUGUCGUCGAUGGGAGCUGGACUGCCGCCUUCAGGGCCAUCACAGGCUCAUCUUAUGAUGAGAGAGCAACAGCAUAUUAUGGAUUCACAGCAGUUAGCGGCAGCUGUGAGAGAACAGGAGCUGAUGAGGAAUUACGAGCAUCAGCAAGAGCUUGCAAGGUUUAAUAGCGGCUUUGAUGGUGGGAGCGGAGGUGCUGCGGUGGGGUUUAAUCAGAUGAGUGGGCGAGCAGGUUCUCCGUCGCCAUUAGCGCUAGUUCCGUUCGAUAAUUCAUUUCAGGUGCAACAAGAGCCGGAGCAUCAACAUCCCUAUCAACAACAGCAGAGAGCAGGUAGCGAUGAGGGUAGGAACAGUGUGGGCCCAUCUUCUUGAAAGCCUUAUAUGCAAGCUCUCUCUCACAUUACAUGUCUGAAAGCAAAGGAAAUUCAAAGUGAAGAAAUUCUUGCUAUAUCUUUCUUGCAGGUUUUAAAUCAAACGAAUCAAAGCAAAGAAAUGCAAAGGAGGGAAACAAACAUCUUAGGGAAAGGAAAGAAACCAGAAGAAAAAUAUAAGAGAAGAAGAAGCAAGAGAGGAACAAGAAAAAAAAAAAAAAACCCCCCCAAUUUUCAAGGCGAGCCACUCCGAAUGUUCAUCAAAUUGUUUGGACGGUUGGAUGAAAAUAUAUCUGGUCGCACAUCGAAUCAUCUCUCUCUUCUUUCUCCCUGAUCUUUGGUGGUGGAAGUAGCAAUAGUAGUAGGUGUUAGAAUAUCCAUUUCAUCCUUCUUAUUUCAUGCUGUCGUGGUUUAAAUAAGUAAAAAGUAAUAAUGAUAGUUUUUUAGGGAAAAUUUUGAUACUCAAGCAGAGUGAUAUGGUUGGUACACAGGCAGUAAGAACUUGUAUGCAUGGGUCCAGUUUAGAUGAUUAGUGGAACUAAAAUUACAUUGAUUUUGCUACAUAAAUGUUUGAGAGUGGAGAUUUCAUGGACGGUCGACAUCAAGCAUGGUCAGUGGUCCAUCACACUCUGUCAUGGUAUCAAAUAUCUUCCUCUUUUUUUUUUCUUCUUUUUCUUUUUUUCUUCUUUUUUCAUAUAUUCGUCUGCAUUGGAGCCUGUAAAAAGAAAAUUUCAUAAUGUAAUGGCAGUCUCUAUUGUAAUGUCAGUUUCAAUUGGAAGAACUCAAUUCAACCCAUGGUU